AGAGAGAGAGAGAGAGAGAGAGAGAGAGAGAGGCUCCUUUUCUUCUCUGAAUUGCAACAUUCCUUUCGUUUUUCUUCGUCUCCACUAUUUUUUUAAAACGAGAAAUCGCGGGAAACAAAACCGCUACGAAAACGAUUUUAGAAAACAUCUAUUCUGGUGCGAAAUCUCACAGCGAUGGAGUAAUUUUCGCAAAGAUAAAAAAAACAGAGAUAUCUCCCGGAAAAUCGUUUCUGUUUCUCUUGAAUCUCUCGAAAAAAAAGCAGAUUUCUGUCUUUUCCAUCAUAAAAAACCGCUUCCUAGUUUACGAAUACGAUCAUUAAUUGCGAUUUAAUGAUGCCGUGAAAUCCGCCGUUUCCUUCCGUUUAGUUUCCGUUACAUCGCCUUCAAAUCGCCAAAGAACCGUCGAUUUUUCCCUCCUCCGAUGGAUCCGUUCGAGAUCGAUACCGUCAAAGAAGAGAAAGCGAUCGCGAUGAAAAGAUACCGCCAGAUUCGGAAGAUCGCGAUCCUUUUCCGAUUCCUCGAGGCAUGCCUCGCUCUCUUCUUCCUCUCCUGGUUUUCCACUCGCCUCCCGGUCGCCGUCAAGAUAUCAGGCGACUAUUUCCGGCACAUCUCCGUCGUCGUAGUUAGCCCUUUCUUCGUCUUCCUCGUCGGGAAUGCCAUCAUCCUAACCCUCGUUGUCAAAUCCGGCCAGUUCUCCGGGCACGCAUCCACCGGAAACUCCUCCGGCGGCGAUCUUUACGACGAGUUUUUGAAGAACAGCGAAAAUCGCCACAAAAUGAGUACGGACUCGCCGCCGUCUUCGUCUCCAGAAGAGGUCGUAUAUGAAGAUAAGUCCGUAUGCGUAGUACAUUCAUACGCUGAUAUGGAUAAGGAUACGGAUACGGAUCCGAAGAGGCCGUAUCAGAGGAGCUUCUCGGAGAAAUUAAGGACGGUGGAAAAGAUGCCGGAGCUCCGUCGGUCGGAGACGGAGAUUGUAUGGAGAGUUGAUGAAUCCAGCGAGAGCGCGGCGGAUUUGCUGUGUUCGGAGAGUGACAUGAGUAAUGAUGAGGAGUUCCGGCGCAAGAUAGAGGCGUUCAUCGCGAAGCAGCAGAGGUUUCAGAGAGAGGAAUCCAUGGCUAUCGUUCUUCAGAACCUGAGCUGAAAAUAUAGUAGAAAAUAAAAAUAAACUAAAAACAUCUCUCUCUCUCUCUCUCUCUCUCUCUCUCUCUUGCAUUGCUGUAUUUUUGUACAGGGUAAAUAGCAAGGAAGAAAAGAGGAGCUCUGAGUUUUGCUA